AUGUCCCACCAGUUCCAUAUCGCCGGCGCGAGCCACGCUCUCCUCGACCCAUGGUCUCAAGGAGCGGGCGUGGUGAGGGACGUUCUCACUCGGUGGUCCGAGCUCGAUAUCACACAAAUUGGCUCCCUUGUUGCCAUAGCCGGCACCCUUCCUACGGCUUGGAGACUAAUGCAAUGUGCCUGGCGGGAAGCGUAUAGUUGCAUUCGGCGCUUUUUUCUCGCUUCCGUCACAAUUCCGGGUGGUGACCCGGUCAAUCGGAGCGUCGUGAAAUGGGUCCUCGUCAACCGGCCCCGACAUUAUCGCUCAUUCACCGGUCGUACCGAGGUUGGACGCGCCAACCCAGACCGUGCCGCCGCUCUAAAGAAGACGCGCCACACCGUUCAAUACUGUCCACACUGGAAUACACGGUGGCUUUGGUUCAAAGGCAACUUUUUUGUCGUCACGCGUGCCGUUGGAGAUUUCAAUUCUUCGCUAUCCGACCCUAGCUAUGAUGGAAUUGGAGGCGAGGACCUGACCAUCAGCUGCUUCGGAUGGUCGGCGCAUCCUGUCCAGAAUUUCAUCGAGGCCUGCCGCGAGUAUGCCGACAGGCAGACGCAGUACUUCGUCAUCAUCUACUCCCGCGACCGUUACGGCAUGUCAUGGAAAGCUAAAGCCCGCAAGCCCCUUCGCCACCUCGACACCGUGCACUUUGACCUUGGCUUGAAGCAGGAGUUGCUUGCUGAUAUCCGGAACUACCUGGAUCCGAAGACCCAGAUGCGCUAUCAAAACCGGAGUAUGCCGUACCGGAGAGGCUACCUCUUUUACGGCCCGCCCGGAACUGGCAAGUCCUCGCUUUCUGUGGCGAUUGCCGGCGAGUUUGGAUUGGAUCUCUACGAGGUCAAGAUCCCUAGUGUGGCAACGGAUGCCGAUCUGGAGCAGAUGUUCCAGGAGAUUCCGCCGCGAUGUGUGGUUCUUCUUGAAGACAUCGAUGCCGUAUGGGUGGAGCGUUCCAGCAAUCAAGAGAAGAUCAGCAGCGGGAAUGGGCGCGCACAUUCACCGGAGAGCAGCAAUGUGCCCAAUUGCACUCUUUCCGGACUGCUGAAUGUUUUGGAUGGCGUUGGAUCGCAGGAGGGCCGUAUCGUCAUCAUGACUACGAACCGACCCGAGCAACUCGAUAGUGCCUUGAUCCGGCCCGGCCGCGUCGACAUGAAGGUCCUUCUGGGCAAUAUUAGCCCAAAGUCAGCGGCGGACAUGUUCGUGCGGAUGUUUUCACCAGACCUAGGGUGCACAACCCACCUGAAAAUGGAAGAAAUCGAAAAGCUUUCUGUUCAGUUUUCCAGCAUGAUACCGGAAGACACCUUGACUCCGUCUCAAUUGCAGGGGUUUUUCCAGGUACAGUUAGAGAGCCCGUAUCGUGCGGUAGAAAGCAUCGGAAGUUGGGUCGAAAAAGAACUUGCAAGAGCUCACUUCAAAGAGUUUGAGUUUAUAACUUCCAAUGGGAAGGCCUAG